GCUGACUGUUGCUGGGAUCUGUACACUAAAAUCGGAACCACUGCUGCACAUAGAGAUCAGAACUUCGCGACACCGCAGAGUACAAACCGAACAUGCAGAUUGAAAUCUUCUUUGCAAUUGCAUUCCUGCUACAAUGUUCAACCGCACUGUCUGUGAUAGAGGUGCGAAAUAAAACAUUUGAAGACCUGGACGGCCACAAGUACAACUUUGAAAUUAAGGACAACGGAGAGCAGAUCAUUUUCAGAGAUGGUCAACGCAGCGAAAUUGCCAUACCACUAAAAGAACACGGCUUCUGGGUUGUGAUAAAAGAAGAUAACAAGGACGUAUGUUACGUCGUCGAUAUGACAAAGGAGGAGCCAAAUGAUAGACCGUCGAACGGGCAAUUCAAGUUGAUUCCUUAUAAAGUCAAAACGAAUCAAGAAUUUCACCCCGAUAUAAAACGAACUUGCGAGGAAUAUGGCGGAGAGGGCAGGAUCAUCAUCCAACUGGAACCGAAAGACGGAACCAACCCUUCAACUACUUUUUCUCUCUUCCAAGGUCACCGAGGGGGCGAAAUUGUAAAACGCAGAGAAGAUCCAAUUAUUAUAAUCAUCAUCAUCAUCAUCAUUUGAGAAUAGGCGUAGCGUGAUCUGGACCUGGGGGGGGGGGGGGGAGAGAGAGGUUCGAAUAUGAUCCCAAGUGGACCUUUUUCUAUUUUGUUUUUGCACCACCCGAACCCCCCUCCCCCCAGCCUACGCCCCUGCAUUCGACAAUGCAGUCCACGCUUUACUGGCAUUAAACUUCAUGUUUAUCUUAGAUUCUGAAUAACAAUUCCUUGUCAACUAUAAAAACAGCUAUAUUUCAAAAAUUGUCCAUCAUAUUAUUUGACACUAAUAAUAACAACACACAUAUUAUUUCUAAGUAAAUUCGCAAACGGAAUUAAAAUAUAAUCAGCAUUU